AUGCCAUCUAGUGUUGUACCACCAUCAUUACAAAGAACGAACAGUAAUGGACAAUUGAAUGUGCAUCUAUUGAUCAAAAACAAAAUUAAUGAUGAAUUAUUAAUAAUCUCCCGAGAUAAGUUACCACCAACAUUACGUAAUGGAAAAUUGAUCCUCAAUCAAAAAGUUACAAUUCGUGAUGAACAACGUCAAAAUAUUGAAGGAACGAUCAUUUAUAUGCUCGUAACUGAUUUAAAAUUAUUUUCACCUUUAUCUCUAGAUCAAAAAGAACUUUCGAUAACAUGUUGUUGUUGA